AGAGAUAAAGCACUAUAGAAAGAUAAUAUUUUAUAUUUUAUUUGUUUAUGAGGUUUGAUUAGUGGCGAAAGUUCAAGUUGUGGGUCUGCCAAAAAUUAUUUUGAACUAACACAAUGUCAGAACCCCUCUACCCCCACUACGACAUCACGGUUUGGCUCCGUUCGUGCACUCGGGAAAUCCCCGAACCCAUCACGGGUACCAUCACUGGUACCAUCCCACCAUGGCUGCAAGGCUCGCUUAUCCGGAAUGGUCCCGGUUCCAUCAAAGUCGGCGAUGAGCAAUAUGGCCAUUUAUUUGACAGUUCGGCCCUACUCCACCGAUUUAAUAUCGAAAGCGGGGCCAUAACGUAUCAAUGUCGAUUCGUCCAAUCAGAAGUCUUCAAACGGAACCGAGCAGCCAAUCGGAUUGUUUUCACCGAAUUUGGCACCAAAGCAGUUCCUGAUCCGUGCAAAACGAUUUUUGAUAGGGUUGCUGCGAUUUUCAGGCCUAAUGAUCAUCCGGAUAAUUCCAUGAUUUCGGUUUAUCCGUUCGAAGAUGAGCUUUACGCAUUUGGGGAAAUGCCAAUAAUUCAUAAAAUUGAUCAAGUUAGCUUGGAAACAAUUGACAGGGUUAAUGUCAGUGAUUUUGUAUCAAUUGUUCAUCAUACGUCACAUCCACAUGUCAUGAACGAUGGUACUGUGUUUAAUCUAGCAUUGACAACGUAUCCCACUGGUUCUUAUCAUUCAAUUGUUAAAUUCCCGCCGAAAUUUGGAAAGAAAAGUAUGUUUGAACAAGCUGAGAUUGUUGCGGGGAUUCCCGUAAGAUGGAAUUUGCACCCGACUUACAUGCACAGUUUUGGAAUAACUGAAAAUUAUUUUAUUCUUGUUGAGCACCCUUUUAGCAUGUCAGUCAGUGCCAUGGUUGCCAACAAAAUAAAAGAUGAGCCUUUGGCUGGUAGUUUCCGGUGGUACCAACACGAAAAAACACGGAUUAGUCUAAUUAGUCGUAAAAGUGGAAAAUUAUCACACAGGUUUUACUCUCAAACGUUCUUUUUCUUUCAUAUAAUCAACCAAUACGAAGUGGGGGAUUACGUAAUUAUUGACAUUUGCACCUAUCGCGAUGCAGCACCCCUAGAAGGCAUGUACAUUGAAGCAAUGCAGAAUAUGCAACACAACCCGAACUAUGCCGAAAUGUUCCGAUCCAAACCCCUCCGUUUCGUACUUCCCCUAAACCCCACCAAAACAAAAACGAAUCUAAUCCAACUCGAAUUAACACACGCCGAAGCUUACUACCAACCUGACGGAACAAUUUUACUAAAACCGGAACAAAUAAUUGAUCAAGGUUGCGAAACGCCUAGAAUAAAUUACAACCAUUCAGGAAAGCAGUAUCGAUACUUUUACGCCAUUAGCGCUGACGUCGACUCGGCCAAUCCUGGAACUAUAAUCAAGGUUGAUACGACCUUGAAAAUUUGCAAGACAUGGUGUGAGGAUAAUUGUUAUCCCAGCGAACCCAUUUUUGUACCACGGCCCAAUGGUCAGUCCGAGGAUGAUGGAGUAGUGGUAGCGGUACUUUUGUGGGGGAAAGGAGUGACAAAUCGGGUCGGAUUGGUGGUCUUGGACGGUAGGGACAUGACCGAGUUGGGGAGGGCGGAGUUUGAGACGCCGGGGGAGGUGCCAAGGUGCUUACACGGGUGGUUCUUACCGAAAUAGUAAACUGUUCUAUAAUUCAUAUAAAAUAAAAUGAU